GCGCACUUCGAUGCGCAGUGGAGGGCUCUGCGCAACGAUUUGCAGGGCCAGAUGGACGAGCUGACCCGCAGCACCCGAAGUGAGCUGGGCCGACUGCGAGGCUUGCAGACGCAGUCUGAGGAGGGUGCGCGCCGUCUCGACGCGGUGCUUGCAGAGUCUGCGACAGGGCGACAGAAGGCCGAACGUGUAGAAAGCCAGCUGGAG